AUGGGCGGCGGAGGCGGAGGGGAGGCACGGGGAACGGGGGGAGGCGGACGCGGCGGCGGCGGCGGCGGCGGCGGCGGGGGAGGGGAUGACGGGGACGCGCGGGGAGGGGGAAUGGGGGCGGAUUAUAUGGAUGGCGCGGACGGGGAGGGGGAAGGCGGGGAGGGCGAUAUGAGCUGGGUGCGGUCGGUAGCGGGGCCUGAUUCGGACGACACUGUGUGGGUGAAGCUUGCCCUCGUUGGCGACCCGGAUUGCGGCAAGUCGAGCUUCAUGGCGCGUUUAUUUGAAGACUCCGACACUGAUAUUGGCGCCAGCAGCGGGAAUGGCAAUGGCGUUGCCAGCGCGCCUGGCAACCGCAACAGCAGCAGCAGCGCCGCUGGUAGCAGGGUCAACGGUCGCGGCAGUGGUAGUGGCGGUGGUAGCGGCAGUGGGGGGGUACCAGUUGAUGGGUUGUCAAACGGACAAGGGCAGGCGAGUAACGGAGGAGUGGGAGGGGGAGGAGGAGGCGGACCAACGGGGGUGUGGACAGCAGCGUAUGCUCCAACAGUGGGAGUGGACUGUCACCAUCACACCAUCGCCCUGCCUGCCUCCCCCACCCCUGCCACCAUCGCCAUUACCUCCUGGGAACUCUCGGGCCGGCGCCAGUUUGCGUCGCUGCUGCCGUUUGUGUGCAACGAUGCGGCAGCGCUGCUGCUCUUCUUCGACCUCACGCGCCCCUCCACCCUCCGCAACAUUCAGUCAUGGUACCUAGAAGCUCGGGCCCACAACCAGUGCGCACUUCCGGUGCUGGUGGGAACUAAGUUCGACCUCUUCUUGCUGCAAGCACAAGAGGCACAGCACCGAGUCACCAAACAGGCAACGCUCUGUGCAAGGGCUAUGCGGGCCCCGCUCGUGCUGUGCUCCGUGCCGCACAGAGUGAACGUGCACCGCGCCUUGCGCCUCAUCCUCUCGCGCCUCUUCAACCUCCCAUCGCCGCCCCAGCCCUGCACCACCCGCGGGGAGCCACUCCUUUUCUUCCCAUGA